AGGAAAGGCAGCGCGGGCGAUUUCGAGUCUGGCAGGCAAAAAUUUCAGGUAUCGGCUUCUUCAGGGUGAGGGGAGGCCAUGUCUCUUGCCUUGGAUGACUCCCAGUGGCCUGAGCAUCUCGCCCCACUGAAAGAAGUGGACAACUUGUUGCGAUGUGGGAUAUGCUUUGAUUACUUCAAUAUUGCAAUGAUCAUCCCCCAGUGUUCACAUAAUUAUUGUUCUCUCUGCAUACGCAAGACCCUGUCCUAUAAAGCUCAGUGUCCUACGUGUUGUGUGGCAGCUGUAGAGCCUGACCUGAAAAACAACCGGAUGUUAGAUGACCUGGUAAAAACCUUUAAUUCUGCAAGACAACAGUUAUUCCAGGCAGUUUUGGAUUCUCCAUCGGUUUCUCCUCCAGCACUUUUAACAAAGAAGGCUAUUGUCAAAGGCCAUAUUUUGAAUUCUUCAAGUGACUUUUCUUCAGGACAGGAAUUUACAAGUACUCUUUUAGUCAAAGAACAGACACCGAGAAGACCAUUCAAGACCUUUGUGAGAGAAAGUAAAAAGAUCAAAGUGAAGGAGGAAGAGGACUCCUAUGGUUUUGAAGAAUGCCAUACGACACUUAGUGUAGGAGCAUCAAGCACAAGCCCUAAGGAAAGUACAAGGCAAUCUGAAACACCCUCCACUUCUGCAACGAAAGUUGUCGCAAAGGUGGAGUGUCCAGUCUGUGGGGUUCCUGUUCAUGGACUGCAUAUAAAUGCACACCUUGAUAGUUGUUUGACCAGUGACGAGAAGAAAGAGAGUCUCCGAAGCUCUGGACAGAAAAGAAGGUUCCUGCCUAAGGUGGUAUACAACUUGCUUUCUGACCGUGAUCUGAGGAAAAGACUGAAGCAGUAUGGGCUAUCUACCCAUGGAACAAAACAACAACUCAUUAAAAGACAUCAAGAGUUUGUUCAUAUGUAUAACGCGCAGUGUGAUUCUUUAAAUCCCAAAUCAGUUGAAGAAAUAGUGAAAGAGCUGGAAAACAAUGAGAGGACUCGAGCACAGCUUGAAUCCAAGAUGGCUGGGAAAGAUAGGCUGACAUUUGCAAAUCAUCUGGAGGAGAAUGAAAUUGAUGAAGUGCAUAGAGAUUACCGGAAGAAACACAAAGCUGAAUUUCAGCUGUUAAUUGACCAAAUGAAUAAGCGGAAGAAAAAAGCAAAUAAAAUCAAAACAGAAGAGGAAGAACCACAGCAGAAAGAAGCGGCAGCUGAAAACCCACCUUUAGAGAUCGGGGAAAAGCAGAGUGCUGCAGAACAUCCAGGGUGUAGCUUCCUUGCAGAUGAGGCAGUCAAGAAGGAGGCUCUGGAUUGUGCAAGAAGCCCAUCUCUUCAUUUGCCUGAAGCCAAAGAAUCGAUUAUUCUAUCCUCUGGAUCCUCAAACAGCUCAAGUUCAGACAUCAUAAGAGAUUUGGAAAUUGCUGGGAUGCGUUCAGGCUCAUCAGAUAAAGCAGCUCUUGAAGACCACAGUGCCUUUGAGGCAGUGCAAACGUAUGCAGCCAACAGCAACCGCUUGCCAGAUGUGAAGACGGCCAAGCAAAAAUCAAGAGACCGUAGAAGCAGCUCAUUACAGUCCAGGAGUAAGCGAAGAAAACAGUAGCAAAACAAAUGUAAAUAUUUCACUCUCUUCAAACUUUAUUCAAUGGUCUUGAUAUGGUACCAUGGAAAUUACUAAAAUAUCCUGACUUCCUCCAAAGUCUCUGGCAAUAAACCUUCCUGUCUUAAACUCAUUUACUUAGAAAUAUAUUCUGUUAGCACCACUUGUACGUAAAUAUGCUUUAGAUCACAGCUGUAGUUGUUUAUCUGUAAUGGUUUAAAGUUCUGAAACAAGCUUAUAUCUGUAUCGUCUAGACAUUUCACUUUUCAUUAAAGAUGUUUUCAUACGAUAUUGGUGGCUUCUGGUGUUAAGAAUUCAUACUUGUUAGCGAAGUAGUCUUCAUUCCUACUUUUCAGUUAUCUCUCUCCCUG